AUGGCAACCCAAGCCACCGAAUUCACCUUCGUCCGCACCGACACACACACCCAAGACUUCAUCCAACCUCCCGACGGCCCAGACCCCGAGCCCGAACCAGCGCAUUCCCCGCGGCGCAAAGGCUUCAGCGGACACUUUCGGCGGAAGUCAAAAUCACCCUCCUCUCCCUCCUCAGAACCACCACUACCACCAUCAGACUCCUCACCCUCCCUCACCAGCCCCAAAGAAGGCAGCGGGGGCACCACCCGCCGCCUCUCCCAACGCCUGCACCUGUCAGGCAAAUCGCUACGCAAAUCCCGCUCCGCAAGCACCAGCUCAACCCACCUCCCCCAAGACCUUCCCCCUAUCGACGACGACUUCCGCGACCUGUCCAACCGCGAGGACACCGAAGCGAAAUGGGAAGAUCGCGCGACCCGCCUGGCGCGGAAGAGCCCUAGUCUGGCCAGCGCAGGCGUGCCCUCGCCUGCUAUAACGCCGGUGGAUGAGAUGAGCCGUCUUAAUUUUGGGUUUGGGGAACAACAUCAGCAACAGCCGCGCAGCCCGAGUCGGCCUCGUAGUGUGAGUGAUGCGGCUGCGGAUGUGAACAUCCAAGAGGCGAUCCGGUUACAUGAGGCGGGGCAGUUGGAGGGGGCGACUGAGAUGUUCCAUCAGUUGGCGGAUCAGGGGAAUGUGUUGUCGCAGGUGCUUUUUGGCUUGUCGCUGCGGCAUGGAUGGGGCUGUAAGCCUGAUCCGGCGUUAGCGGUGACGUACCUCUCCCGCGCGGCCGCGGACGCUGGCGAAGUCGAGGCGCUUGCCCUGCAGUCUGGCAUGAAGAAAGGCGGUGCGGCAAGAGGGGAGUUGGUUCUGGCGAUCUUUGAACUGGCGAACUGUUUUCGCAAUGGAUGGGGCGUUCCUGUGGAUAAGGUUGCUGCGAGGCAGUACUACGAGACGGCAGCGAACUUGGGAGAGACUGACGCGAUGCGGGAGGCGGCAUGGUGCUAUCUAGAGGGUUUCGGCGGGAAGAAGGACAAGUUCAAGGCAGCCCAGCUGCUGAGACUGGCGGAGAAGAAUGGGGAGAAGGUGGUUGGGGAGAGUUGGAUCUGGAAGGAGAAGUAUGAUCCGAAGUGA